AUGAGUCCUCAGUACAAACUGGAGAAUAAGAUUAUACGGGGUCCCUUGACUCCCCUGAAUGAGUUCGUUUUGAUUCAGAAGGAUGAGGCGUACGAUACCACUGAGGCAGGCGUCUUCAUCGGUGACACGAUGCGAAAGAACCAAUACAUCGGAAAAAUUCUUGGCGUGGGCACCGGAGCUGUCAACACCAAAAACGGCGAAAGAGUACCGAUAGACAUCCAGGUUGGCGAUGUUGUGAUAUUCAACCCGAGCGAUGGAACCAAACUGAAGUACAACGACAAGGAGUGCCUGCUAAUAUCGAACGAAGAAAUCCUGGCGAAAAUCAACGAUGCGUCCGUGGAGGUGAGACCAGACAACAUCACCCCCUUCUAUGACCGCGUGCUUAUCAAAUUAGUUGACACAAAUGCAACGUCCAACUCGUUAAUAAUAAUGCCUGAGUCCAAGAACGAAAAAUCAACGGACGGACUUGUUGUAGCAGUUGGCGAUGGUAUUUACGACUCGAAUAAUAACAAAGUCCCAAUCGAUAUACGUGUAAACGACUACAUCAAAUUUUCUCCCUUCUCUAAUGAAAGCUGUGAGUUCACGUAUAACGGGGAGAAGUUCACCUUUGUGCGGGCAAGGUAUAUCAUGGCCAAGUAUUAA